AUGGCUUCAUGUUUCAAUAUACCUCCUAACUUUUGGAAAUUAUUCUAUAUGAAUCUGAUUUUGACAUUGCAUUUGAGUCUUUGCUUAGCCCUUAUAGCAUUAUUGCCUCAAAUUGCAGAACAAAACGGCUAUACUGAUUUAGGCAAAUAUUCGAUAAUGACUGUGUACUUAACCGAGUUCUUUUUCAAUAUCAUUGCACCAGCUUACUUGAAAAAUAGAAGAUUCAACCAUGCCUUUCUAUUUCAAGCUAUUUUAGUUGUUCCUUGCUUUUUUGUUUCUGAGUAACUUUCAUUCAAAGAAAUAGCUAUUUAGUGAAUUGCAGAAACGGUAACGAUACUUCUUGGAUUUGCAAACCUUCAGUAAUGAGUCCACUUAGUAUAUCAUUUACUUUUCUUUUAGGAGUUGGUCUUGCUGGAUACUUUAUUCUUUAGAAUUUUUAUGUAAGUUAAUGUGCCUCACAUGAAUCAUCAGAAAUCAUGUUUAGCACAACUUAUAUUUUUUUAGGGUGUUCAUCUAUGUUGAGUGGAUUUUAUGCUAAAUUCAUGUUAAAAUUAGUAUCAAGAUCAUUAUUUUUUUGGGUUUCAGGAUUUAUUGAACUCAUUUUAUCUUUACUUUUUUACUUUAUUAAAACUCCAAUUAAAUCAGAUAUUUUAAUAGAUUGUAAAAUAAAUCAAGAAGAAUUAGAAAUUGAAAAAGAAUAAAAUACUAUAAGUUAAAACAUUAAAAAUAUAUUUAAAACUAUGAUUGAUAAAUCAUCCUUAAUAUAUUAUCCUCUAUUUUGGACAAGUGGUAUCAUUAUAGGAUUUGAAUAUGGUCUAUUGUAUUAAUAUAUUAAUAAAUCAUUAUCAUAAUAACAUUAUGAUUUAUAAACUGUAAAUGAGAUAACUGCAUCAGUGUAUCUUACUGUUGGUAUUGCAUAAAUCUUAGGAGCACUAUUAAAUGGAUUUAUUAAGAAAUUAUUCAAGUCAAAUUCUAAUAUAAUACUCUAUGCAAAUAUACUAUGUGUUGUUAUGUUUAUAUCAUUAGUUGACUCAUUUGUUUAUGAUUUGACAUUAACAAAAGCAUUAGGAUUCUUUUUGUAAAAUUUAUAUUAAUUUUAGAGGAUUUGCUGACAUGACUGGAUAAUUUACAUCUUCUAUAACUAUAUCUGAACAAUAUAAAGAUCCACUUUCAAUAUAUGGUGUUUAUUUUUCUAUGCAAAACUUUUCUAUAGCUUAUAUGAUAGCAUAAGCAACCUUUUUCUAACAUUUACAUUUAGCCUAUAAUUUAUGCAUAAUAACUUUAUCAUAAAUUACAGUUAAUGUUUCAAUACAUUAUUUAAAUAAGAAAAAACAUGAAUGA